CGUUAACCAAACCGAUAUUCCUGAACCAUUGCCCACCAUGCCCGGCUCUCUUUCGCUUUUCUCCGUCAAUGCCGUCCUUCUCAUGUCGGCCGACGAUGGCUCUCGCAUCUUCGCCAAGUACUACUCCCCUCCUCACCCCCCGGCCGGUGCUGCCCCCAACUCGACCGAUUACCCCGGAGCGAACCCCUACCCUACCGUGAAAGAGCAGAAGGCAUUCGAACAAGGCCUCCUCGAAAAGACCAACAAGCAGACCAGCGAUGUGAUUCUCUACGACAACCGGAUAGUCGUCUUCAAGAUGGAGAGCGAUGUGAUGCUCUAUGUGGUCGGAAGUGCCGACGAGAACGAAGUGCUCUUGUACAACGUGGUUCUGUCGCUAAGAGAUGCUUUGGGAAUUCUGUUCAAGGGCGCAACCGACAAGCGCACAAUCGUCGAGAACUACGACCUGGUCGCCCUGGCCAUCGAUGAGAUUAUCGACGAUGGAAUCAUUCUGGAAACCGAUCCAGUGCUGAUCGCCUCCCGCGUCAGCCGCGCUCCUGCUCCGGAUGCACCGAACUUGAAGAGCAUCGACCUGUCCGAACAAGGUCUGAUGAAUGCCUGGGAGCUUGGAAAGCGGCGUCUGGCGGAGGGGUUGCGGCAGAUGUAAUUUGACGUUGAUGAUUCUGCAAUUCUCUAUUUGAUGCAUCCUGAUGUGCUUUCAUCUUUAUUCUCUUCAUGUCAUGUCUUUCUGUUAUCUAAUCUGGCUGGUCCUGGCGUGGUAUUUGUGCGCAUUGCUUGCUCAUUGUGGAAAUCAUGUCCAUUCUUAACAUUCU